UAGACCAAAAUGGUUGUGGUGAAGAACUCCUUCGGUCCUGUCGACUAUGUUGUCUUUGCCGCCAUGUUGAUCAUAUCAAUGGCUAUAGGAGUUUGGUUCGCUCUCAGGGGAGGCAAACAGAGAACACAAGUUGAAUAUCUGAUGGGAAACAGAAGCCUCUCCAUACUCCCUGUUGCUAUUUCGAUCUUGGCCUCCUUCAUGUCGGCCAUCUUGAUUCUCGGAACCCCUGCAGAAAUGUAUACACAGGGAACAGAAUUUUAUCUGGCAACUUUUGGUGUCAUGCUUGGUGUGGUAUUAGCUGCCCUUCUCUUUGUGCCUCUCUUGUAUCCAUUACAUCUGACCAGUGCUUUUGAGUAUUUGGAGGUCAGAUUUGAGUCAAGAGUUGUCCGCCUUGUGGGGACGAUGCUGAUGAUUCUCUCACAGGUGAUCUACAUGGGCAUCGCUUCAUUUGCUCCCUCUACAGCUUUAGAAGCAGUGACGGGCUUUCCAGCGUGGGGAACAAUUUUAAGUAUUGGAGCUGUUGGUACGCUCUAUACUACAAUUGGUGGUAUGAAAGCGGUAAUCUGGACAGAUGUCUUCCAAUCUGUGAUAAUGCUGGCUGGUAUUUUGGCCAUUGUCAUUCAGGGUACUCUAAAAGUUGGUGGUAUGUCACGUGUGUGGGAGAUCAAUGAGGAGUGGGGCAGGAUCAAAUUCUUUAACUUUGACCCUAACCCGAUGACACGUCACACGGUCUGGAACUUGGUGAUUGGGACAGCUUUAAACUGGAUGGGGACGUACGGGGUCAACCAGGCCAGUGUCCAGCGAUAUUUGAGUCUACCGACGUUACGUAAAGCCAUGACCUCAGUGUUGCUCAACAUCCUGGGUGUGUUCAUUUUGUUGACCUUGACCUGUUUAUCUGGUGUUGUCAUCUUCGCUUAUUACGCCAAUCAAAACUGUAAUCCUCUGGGUCAGAAGCUGGUCAAGAGCUCCAAUCAGCUAGUUCCCUACUUUGUGAUGGAGACUUUGGGAUACCCCGGAGUUCCUGGACUAUUUAUAGCUUGUUUGUUCUCUGGAGCUUUAAGCUCCGUGUCGUCUUCACUGAAUGCACUAGGAGCCAUCACUUGGGAAGAUGUGCUGAAGCCCAGAUACGAUCACAGGUUGACGGAGUAUCAGAAGACUUUAGUCACCAAAGCUACAGUGGCCAUUUACGGAUGUUUGGCCAUUGGCGUCAGUUUUUUGGCUCAAACUCUAGACGGGACUGUUCUACAGGCCUCUGUGUCUUUGGGUGGUUCUGUAGCUGGACCCCUGUACGGGAUGUUUGUGUUGGCAGCAUUUUUCCCCUGGGCCAACAGUUACGGCGCCAUAUCAGGAGCUCUAGUUGCUGUAGCACUGAGUAUGUGGGUGUCCAUUGGCUCCUAUGUCUACGGCAUACGUCUACCUCCAAAGUCAUUUCCUAACGGGACGUGUGCGGCGUAUUUCAAUGUGUCUACCAUGUCACCUGUCACUGACAUUACAACUUCUACAACCUUGACCUCUACAAUGACCUUGACAUCUACUGUAGGCUUAUCUCCAGCGGUUGAGAGAGAGGGAAUUCAGAUGUUGUAUGGAUUAUCUUAUGCCUGGUUCUCUACACUGGGCAUGGUGACUGUGAUAGUGGUAGGACUGAUCGUGAGUUUUAUUACAGGAGCCAAUUCAACAAAUGACGUCCCAACCAAAUAUCAGAUCCCUGUCUUCACACGUCUGUGUUGUUGUUUGCCCAACUCCUGGCUUCAUUUUCUCAACUGUUAUAGACACUUUCAGAGACCUCAGGAAAUCAGAUCUGAAGAGAAAGAUGAAGAUAUUUUAGUGGUUGCCCCACUUAACGGUCAAGAUGUAAAGUAUGUUCUCAACGGUGACUCUAAGCUUGCACAUGACUUGAAAGCUCCACCAGUUACUGACACUGAGCUGCAACAAAUAUCACGUGACCACAAGGGUCGUCAAACGGACUUCCCUAGAGACGCAAAUCCUAGCACUCCUCGGGAAAACAACAACCCAGCUACAUCAUAA